AUCAUGCUGUUGGCCCAACUGCUCCCGCUGCUAGGCUUAGCCUCAGCAGGUGCGGCCACGACACCUUCCUCCUCCUCCUCCUCACCCGUCCAACCCAUCCAGCCGGACCACGACGCUGCCAAGGCCAACGCCCACCACAUCUUCAACGCCGUCCACUCCGCCGGCCGCCAGUGGGGCUCGAGCCUGCGCCACAACGGCUUCGGCCUGUACCCGGCCGUCAUGCCAAAGGGCACCGUCACCUACCACGGCACCCACCAGCCCGAUGCGCCCACCAACCCCGAGUGGCUCGCCUUCGAGGUCGAGCACGCCCAGGGGUUCGGCGGGACGUACCGUGGCCGCCGCCGUCGAGGAAGGCUGCCACCUGGCGGUGGCCCUCCCGGUCGCGAGCACCACCCCCACGGACCUCCCCCCCCUCCCGAGGAGCCCCACUCCCGUCGCGAUUCCCAGAAGCCGCUGAGCCCCCCUCACGGAGACGACGACGACGACGACGGCCGGCACCACCGCGGCCCCGGGAAGGAGGGAGGCGGCUCCGGCCCCGACGACGACUCGGACGAGCCCCUCCACCAGGGUUACCUGCACAUGUACCGGGCCAACCGCGACCUGAAGCUCAUCUACCUGGACGGCAUGUCCGCCGGCAAGACGGACAUGGGCACGCUGGACACGCAGGACGCGCUCCUCCUCGGCAGGGCGGGCGGGCCGGUCAUGAACGAGCGGCAGCGGGCCGACGACAUCUGCGAGCUGAUCCACCCGUGGGGCUACGACGGCUUCGCCCGGCUGGAGGUGGGCUUCGAGAUCGUCUACUGCGACUUCAGCGACGGCCUGGACCUGGUGUCGGUCACGCGGUCGCACGAGCAGCGCGACCAGCUGGGCCCCGGGUCGAUGGGGGCCUUCCAGUGGGUCAGGGCGGUGGCGGAGCGGUACGACGGCGUGGGCGGCCGCAUGCGCAUCGACUUCUCCUCGACCGUGUCGGGCUACUUCUUCCCCGUCAACACGUCGAGCACGACGCCGGGCCGCCCCGACCUGGGCCGGCUGGGCGCCGCCACGCCCCGGGAGCUGCGCGACAUCAGGGACUACUUCGCCGGCGUGGCCAGGGCGCCGCGCCGGUUCCACGUCGACUGGCAGGGCGUCGUGGACCUGAUCGUCGCCCGGUUCGCCCACAGCUUCUCCUUCAUGGCGUCGGACGCCGUCACCGUCGCCCAGUUCAAGGAUGAGCUCGACAGGGCCACGCUCGUCUACGUCGACGCCCCGGCCGCACCCGGACCCGACGACGAGGGCGGCCGCGAGACGGAGCGCGCCAUCGUCCGGUGCGUCGAGCACUACACCGUGCCCGAGUCGGUCCGGGCCGACGGGUGGAGCCUCGAGGACGACCUGAUCCACACGGCCGUGACGUCCACCAUGGAGGACAUCUGCCUCGGCCUGUUCGACAUGCGGGCCUCGUUCACGAACGCCGCCGCCGCACAGGCCGCCACGGCGGACGAGGACGGCUUCCGGUGGGACGCCGACCUGGAGGGCUUCGAGACGGGCCGCGACCUGCUGCGCUCCCUCAUGGGCAGGCUCGACUGGACGGAGUGGGCCAGGAAGGCUAGGUGCCCGGAGGGGGAGGUCGAGUUCGUCGCCAUGUGGCCGUUUGGCCAGGAGAAUGACCACUUCAACCCCGGCUGCCGGUCCAUCGAACAUCUGGACGAGGGUGGACACCGCGGGGGGAACAAGGACAGCGGGUACUGGAAGAGGGAGAGGCGGUAA